AUGAUCUCCACAGUGCUUCUCAACCAGGACCGUGUCAAGGCCGAGCUGCAAGCACUACGGGGCAAGUCCACUCGAAACUUUGUUGAUGACUUCGCAGAAUUCCAGAAGAACCAUCCAGGAUAUGUUUUUCACUGUCGUUGUCAUUCAAACUCAAUUCAUGGUGUCACGUUUUGGUACUCAUCUAAGGAUCUUCUCAUAAUUAGUUCAACAUAUUCUGCUUUGCUCGCAUGCUGGGUACCUGGACUCAUGACCUAUGCAAAUGGAGGUUCAGCCGAGCACUACCGAUUACAUUUUCUUGUCCUUUUCAACUCCAUGGCAGAUGAAUGCGAGAAGCACGGGCGUGAAGUCAAUGAUGAAUUGUUUGGCAAUGUUGUCGACUUCAGCGAGGCUGAACGAGUUGGGUUUACUCAAGCGUUCAUUAUGUUCUGGACCAAUCGUGAGGAUUCACGUUCUCAGGCUGAACUUGAAGAUGCAGCAGGAGCACUCCUCAAAGGCUGUCAGCAGCAUUACCGGUCUCAGGUCACACGUGUUAAAAAAAUCAAUGGAGUUAUUGACCCUGCCAAAGCGGACAACUUUCAGAGUCGUGCCCUGGCCCUGCUGUUGGUCUUGGAUUCGACCUCGAGUGUCUGACUGCACUAGAAGGAAGGAUGUUUGAGGAUUCUGAAGAAGCAGGACCUGCAGGCAACCAGCAGUGGGGUUUGGAUGUUGGCCAACAUCACAGGCGAUGGAAUGUGUAUCUCGGAAUUCCUGAUGAAUGGGUUUCUGCAAGAGAUUAUAGUGAGAGUGAACUUGAACGCGGCCCCUUAUUCAGUGAU